AUGAUGAUGCCUCUAAGACCAUCAAAAACCGCCCUGCGCGCUCUCCACUACCACAGGAGUUUCCCUGCUGGCACCAGAUCUUUCACCUCUUCCUCUGUCGCCGCCGCUCUAACGCCCCACCGCUUUAAGACUCAGAAGCGCGGUCAGAGCACAGCUACCGCUCCCGCUACAAAUGUCAGACCUAGCCCCAGUCCCGCCUUCAAUCAAGAACCCACCCGGAAUGAGGUGUCACCGCUCCAAAAUCGACAGCUCCCCGAGUUGGACGAUUCUUUCGUUGGUCUCAGCGGUGGUGAAAUUUUCCAUGAGAUGAUGCUGCGUCUGGGUGUGAAGCACAUCUUUGGAUACCCUGGCGGUGCUAUUCUCCCGGUUUUCGAUGCCAUUUACAACUCCAAGCACUUUGACUUCGUCCUUCCCCGACACGAGCAGGGUGCGGGCCACAUGGCUGAAGGCUAUGCCCGUGCUUCAGGAAAUCCCGGGGUUGUCCUCGUUACCUCUGGUCCUGGUGCUACCAAUGUCAUUACCCCCAUGCAGGACGCUCUCUCCGACGGUACCCCCAUGGUCGUUUUCUGCGGUCAGGUCCCCACCACCUCUAUCGGUACCGAUUCUUUCCAGGAAGCCGACGUGAUUGGGAUCUCCCGGGCUUGCACGAAAUGGAAUGUUAUGGUCAAGUCCGUCGCCGAACUCCCCCGCCGCAUUCAGGAAGCCUUCGAAAUCGCGACAAGCGGCCGCCCCGGCCCUGUCCUGGUCGAUCUCCCCAAGGAUAUCACCGCUGGCAUCCUCCGCAAAUCUAUCCCCAUGAACAGCACUAUCCCCUCCCUCCCGAGCGCUGCCACGAUUGCCGCCCGCGAAUUGAGCAUGAAGCAGCUCCAGAACACUAUCAAGCGUGUGUCCAGCCUGGUCAACGUGGCUAAGAAACCUAUCCUUUACGUCGGUCAGGGUAUUCUUGCACAGCCCGAGGGCCCCCAGCUCCUGAAAGAGCUGGCUGACAAAGCUUGCAUUCCCGUCACUACUACUCUGCAGGGUCUGGGUGGCUUCGAUGAGCUUGACCCCAAGGCACUGCACAUGCUGGGUAUGCACGGUUCUGCCUAUGCCAACAUGGCCAUGCAAGAGGCCGACCUGAUCAUUGCCGUGGGUGCUCGAUUCGAUGACCGCGUGACUGGCAACGUUUCCAGGUUUGCGCCCCAGGCCAAGCUCGCCGCCUCCGAGGGCCGUGGUGGUAUCGUCCACUUUGAGAUCAUGCCCAAGAACAUCAACAAGAUCGUCGAGGCCACCGAAGCUGUGGAGGGUGACUGCGCGGAAAACAUCCGCCUCCUCCUUCCCCAGGUCGAACCCGUCGCCGAGCGACCAGAGUGGUUCGCCCAGAUCAAUGACUGGAAGGCCCGAUUCCCCUUCUCCCUGUACGAGAAGCAAGCCGCCGAUGGCCCCAUCAAGCCCCAGGCCCUGAUCGAGAAGCUGAGCGAUCUCACCGCUCACAUGAAGGACCGCACCAUCAUCACUACCGGUGUCGGUCAGCACCAGAUGUGGGCCGCGCAGCACUUCCGCUGGCGUCAGCCUCGCACCAUGAUCACCUCCGGUGGUCUUGGCACCAUGGGAUUCGGUCUCCCUGCUGCCAUUGGAGCCAAGGUUGCCCGCCCUGACUGUUUGGUUAUCGACAUUGAUGGGGAUGCCUCGUUCAACAUGACUCUGACCGAGCUCUCCACCGCUGCCCAGUUCAACAUUGGUGUCAAGGUCCUCCUCCUGAACAACGAAGAACAGGGCAUGGUGACCCAAUGGCAGAACUUGUUCUACGAGGACCGCUACUCCCAUACUCACCAGAAGAACCCCGACUUCGUUCCCCUGGCUCAGUCCAUGGGUGUUGCUGCUGACCGUUGUACCCAUCCCUCGGACGUGGAAGCCAAACUGAAGUGGUUGAUCGAAAGCGAGGGCCCUGCUCUGCUGGAGGUGUUUACUGACCGCAAGGUGCCUGUGCUGCCUAUGGUUCCCGGUGGCAGUGCUCUGCACGAGUUCCUCGUCUUUGACGAAGCCAAGGAAAAGGAGCGAAAGGCCCUGAUGAAGAAAAGGAAUGUGAACGUUUAA